AUGGCCGACCUCCAGCAGAAUGUACCUCACUGGAGUUUGGAUUCUGAAGUACCUCUUCUUGAAAAUGAAAGCCUCUCACCUGGAAGAAAUAGUGCAUCAGGUGGCAAAAUUAACAAGAACUGUUCAGAAGUUCCACUGAAUAAACUGAUGCUAGAACUUAAUUUAUACAGUUAGUAAAAUGAUAAUCAUAUUUCUUUAUAUCCUCAGAAUAGUAAACAAGGAAUAUUUCAGUUAUGGAGUUAUCCUCUUAGUGAAGGAAGUACCAUGGAGAGCAGGGAUUUGAAAAUAUCUUCAGUUGAAAUUGGCCUUCCUGGAACCAGUAAUCCCAUUAGGCUCUUCACUCUGAAUCAUUCUCUAACAAAUGCUGCAGCUGAAAAGCAAGUUGGUUCUUACCCUGAAUUACGACAACUAAUGCCACUAGAUCUCUGCUGGUCCUAUGCAGAUGGAGACUUUUUUAAGGACAGAAAUGAGUCUCGAGCUAAUUUAUGGCCAGCUGUAGAAAGCAGCAGUAGUGAAACUGUAACAGCUCUAAAUUGGAAUUUUAAAUAUGAAAACAACAAUGUAGAAGAAAUUUUAACAGAUGAAAGUGAUUCAUCAGAAAAUGAAAAAGCAAAUGAUACUUUACUUACCUAUUUUAAAAAGAUGGAUUUGAACUUAAAGCCAGAAACAAUAGAAAAUCUCAAAGAAUCUUUCACAGAGGAACCAAAUGAAGUUUUUCCAUAUCCUGAUUUUCUUCCUCCACCCUUCAAUACUCUGGACUUACACAAGUUAGCUCUCUCAAAAUCUGAAAAUUGGAAAGCAGCUUUGGAACCACCAGAAAGUUCUAUUGAACCCUUAAUAACUCGUUUACUUGAAAUGGAACGACUACAACAUAUGACAAUACAAAAAGAGAGAGCAAGACUACAAACUAACUUACAUACUUCAGCAGUUACUGAUAGACCUUCUUCUUCAAAAGCUAUAUCCAAAGUCAGACAGCCAAAACUUUCUGAUUCUUUGAGUCUUCCAACAGCUUGUCUAGAAAAGAGCAAAGAAAAAAGGAAAAAUAAUUCUGGUUCUUGCAAACUUGAACAAAAUGUUUCAAAAUGGAAUUGGAAUAGUGCUGGAAAAUACAGAUGGAAUUCCAAAUCAACAUCUCUAAAAUCUUCAUUCGCAACAAAACAAUUGAUUUCAAUUUAUGAUGAUGUUAAGAGUCCUAGAAACUCCAUUUCAAACCCAUGCCAAGAACUCUCAGCCAAGCCCAGUACUGACCAAACAUCCCAAUCACUGGUUAAAAUACUCUCAACAAGAUGUUUGCCUCCAAAGUCUCCAGUACCAAUUUCACCCAUACCUCUGUCUUUUUCUGAACACCAGAGAAAAGAAACUAGGCUACCAAGGACCAAAAAGAAACUUUACCAUAAAAGUAUAGUAUUGGAUAGACCAUUCUAUAUUGAGAAGCUAAAUUGUUUAUCACCUUCAUUUAUAGCUAAGGGUAAGUGCUCACCCACCGAUCAAAAAUAA